CCCUCCUCCUCCUCCCCUCUCUCUCUCUCUCUCUCUCCUUUCUUUUUAAUGGAACUUGUGAGUGAUCGGGUGUACAGGCAGCCUGUGGAAAGCCUGGUCCAUCACUGACUGAAGAGUCCGCCGUCGUGGUGAUUUCUUAUUAAAGCUAAACAGCUCGGACAGAGAGGAUCGCGUUUCCUGCUCUUUUCUGGAUAAGGAAUCUUCCUCGGGAAUUUGGCUCAGUCUCGCGACUGUUAUUGAUGUUUUCCACGGUGGAUGUCCGUCUGAGACUUUCUUUUUCCCCCUUUUUGGAUCUGCUGCGCACUGACGCUAUUUCUGCCGACUUCCCCGGUGUGAAACAUCAUCCUAAUUGUCGAGACGAUCUCUGAUUCAGACUCUCGUCCGUCGGUGCCGAGGAUUCUUUGAGUUUGUGUCUCUAUAAUCCCGUGCGUAAAUAACCGAGAAAAACGAAGACCAAGAGAGAAAGAGAGAGAGAAAAAAAUAAAAAAAAACUACAAAGUUGGGUAGUCAAAGUUUUGGUGACGCGCGAUAAUGGCUAUGGUGGCGUGGAGAAGCCCAGAGGGCGUCGGGGACACCCAGGGGACGCUGUCGUCACCGGUGUCCCAGGUCGCACCUCUGUCGCUGCCCGCGGAGCUGUCGGGACACAUGAACCCGGUGGUGUUGGCGGCGCCGCAGGGCGCACCGCCGCCGAACCCGUCCAGCUCCAGCACCGCCAACAGCGGGACGGCGACCGCCAACAACAACAAUAACACCACCUCCUCGUCCUCCUCCUCCACGUCCUCCUCGUCCAUGGACAAGCAGCAGAGCCAGCACAUCGAGUGUAUCGUGUGCGGGGACAAAUCCAGCGGGAAGCACUACGGACAGUUCACCUGCGAAGGAUGUAAGAGCUUCUUCAAACGCAGCGUCAGGAGGAACCUGACCUACACCUGCAGGGCCAACAGGAACUGCCCCGUGGACCAGCACCACCGCAACCAGUGCCAGUACUGCCGCCUCAAGAAAUGCCUCAAAGUCGGCAUGAGGAGGGAAGCCGUCCAGAGAGGCCGGGUCCCCCCUCAGUCCUACCACGGUCAAUUCGCCCUGACUAAUGGCGACCCCCUCCAGUGUCACUCUUACCUGUCCGGCUACAUCUCUCUGCUGCUGCGGGCUGAGCCCUACCCGACCUCCAGGUUCGGCUCUCAGUGUCUCCAGAACAACAACAUCAUGGGCAUAGAGAACAUCUGCGAGCUGGCGGCCCGCAUGCUCUUCAGCGCCGUGGAGUGGGCCCGCAACAUUCCCUUUUUCCCGGACCUGCAGGUGCCGGACCAGGUGGCGCUGCUGCGCCUCACCUGGAGCGAACUGUUCGUCCUGAACGCCGCCCAGUGCUCCAUGCCGGUCCACGUAGCCCCGCUGCUGGCUGCCGCCGGCCUUCACGCCUCUCCGAUGUCCGCCGACAGGGUGGUGGCCUUCAUGGACAACAUCCGGGUUUUCCAGGAACAGGUGGAGAAGCUGAAGGUGCUGCACGUGGAUUCAGCCGAGUACAGCUGCAUCAAGGCCAUCGUCCUCUUCACCACAGAUGCUUGUGGUCUCUCGGAUUUGGUGCACAUAGAGGGGCUGCAGGAGAAAUCCCAGUGUGCACUAGAGGAGUACGUGAGGAGCCAGUACCCCAACCAGCCCACCAGAUUUGGGAAGCUGCUGCUGCGUUUGCCUUCCCUGCGCACCGUCUCCUCCUCUGUGAUCGAGCAGCUCUUCUUUGUCCGCCUGGUGGGGAAGACACCCAUAGAAACGCUGAUUAGGGACAUGCUGCUGUCCGGCAGCAGCUUCAACUGGCCUUACAUGUCCAUUCAGUAGAGGAGGAAGCUGCGACCACGCUGCUGCUGCAGCUGCCGCCGCCGCCAAGAUCACGAAAGACCUCAGACUCUGAACCAACCAUUUCAGACACUGCAGCUUAACCAGUUCAAUCCAUUAAGUUCAUUUGAGAAAAAAAAAAAACAUGCAUUUAAAAUGUAAACAAGGGAGAAAAAACACUGCCAGUGAAAUGGGAUUUUUCUUAGUUUGGACAUUUUCUUGACACCUGGGGACUGAUCUGCGUCAUGAACCAUUUUUUGGCAGCGAGGAAUGAAAUGAAUUGACUUAUGAUCCUCAUAUAGUGGACUGUUUUUCUACAGUGCCAACAUACAGUCUAUGUUUUUUUUUUUUGGGUAAAACAAAAUAUUUAUUGGACCCUGUGUGUGUUUGUUUAUCGUGCUUGUAAAUUAUGUUUUUUGAUGUUUUAUGUAAUUGUGUCCCUGUGGGUUAGAACGCUGCAGGGACUGACUGAAGCUGUGUACAUUUUGUUGGGUUUUUUUUCUCUCACGUUGUUGGAUUUUUAUACCUUCCAGACAUAACAGAGCACUUUGGACUAAAGGAACGUUGCAGAAAAGAAAUAACACCAGUGUUAAAAAAAAACAACAACACCACACCCUGAUUCCCCUGAUUUUUCUAAAAUAUUUUGUCCGUUGUUUGAUUUGCUUGAAAUCUCCUGGAUCAGUGUUUGGCUGCAAUCAUGUCAUCGACUGCAAUAUUGUAGAAGUGAUUGUUUUUGUGGCCGAAAAAACACUGACAUUUGUCUUGAAUUCUUGAAAUUUCAAAAUUAAAAAAAAGGUCACUUAAAAACCCUAUCAUUUUCCCGUCUCUGAGACUGGGAUUUUUUUUUUUUUUUUUUUUUUUGCCAAUGGCUUCCUGCUGUCUCACACCGCCAUUUCUGAAGACUGGUCUGACUGCCGACUGGCGAGGAUGUCACAGAAACACAGAGGAGGAGAAGCCAGUCUGCUGAAUACGGUUUAGUGAGACGAGCACAAAAAAAAAAAACAAAAAAAAAACAAAGAAUCUAUCGGUCGGGUCCUUGUAAAAGCCAUGAACCAGAGAUUGGACCAAGUCUACAGGACAACAACAAAUCAGCAAAAUGUCUUAUCAGGAACUAAGACGCCUACAAAAUGUCCAAAAU